AGCUCAGGGUUCACCGAGUGCCGCCCGUAUUUCACCAUUCUGGGUCUGCCAGGUAACGUGGGGCUAACAUUGCCCACCACUACCUUGUUUGUUCUGUGAGAAGAGAGAGAGAGAGCAAGAAACAGAAAGAGAGACAGAGCGAGAGAGACAAAGUGAGAGUGAGACAAUGAAAGUAAGACAGAGAGAAUGUGGGAGUAAAAGCAAAAAAAAAAAACUGUGGAAGAGGUAAAUUGAUGAGAAAAGCCAGCAGGGGCAACUGCAUGCAUGUAGUGGUGAUUGUAUUUGCCAUAUGGUUCAAAAAAGAUGUUAGGGAUGCUUGCCGUUGAAAGAUGAAACUUGCUACAUAAAAAAAGAAAACAUCCACAUAACUUGCAUAACUUCAUAUGAAAUAGUGAAGAAAUAUUGAAACAGGUAUUUUUAUCCAAAUAUUUGGGACUUAGAGGAGAUAACACUGAAAUCCAGUCAGGCCACACCCUUGACUGGUGAUUUCAUUAGCGGAAAUAGUUUCCCAAAAAUAUGAAUGCCGGCCGAAACCGUGACAGAGACAAAUUUAAAUUUCGAGCAAACACAAGGUGUGCGUCCACUUUGCGAUAAAGGACAGCGAGCAUUUCAUUUCAGGACUCUGACCAAGUGGGGUUGGAUUUGACCUUGCCAAGACGGAAACUUAAAAUGGCUGCCACAAUGUUUCAGCUCAUGGGAUUCAUGCUGUCAGGCUUAGGUCUAUUUCUAAUAUCAGCGGCCACAGCUUUGGAUAUGUGGGCCAUGCAAGAUCGCAGUUUUCUGGUAGUUACAAGUACAUACAGUUAUUAUGGAUUAUGGAGUCAGUGUGUUACAGCAUCAUAUGGCACAGACACCUGCAGACCAUAUUUUACUAUUCUUGGACUACCAGGUCUGUUCCAGGCAGUGCGAGCAUUAAUGAUUGUUGGGAUCGUGCUGGCUGCAAUAGGUGUUCUCAUAGGCAUUUUUGCGCUCAAGUGUAUCCGGAUGGGGAACAUGGAGGACAAUGUGAAAGCCACAAUGACAUUAUCUUCGGGAGCCCUGUUCAUUCUAGCAGGAAUAUGUGCCAUCGCUGGAGUUUCCGUCUUUGCCAACCUGAUUGUGGUCAACUUCAAUUUCACCACCUACUCUUCAGUAAAUACGUUUGGGGGGGCCGCGGGGGUGAAUUUUGGAGGGCCUCUCACCCCAAGAUACACAUUUGGGUCAGCCCUCUUCGUGGGCUGGGUGGGAGGUGCCGUGCUGUUGGUUGGCGGGAUCAUGAUGUGCCUGGCCUGCAGGGCGAUGAUGCCAGACCGACAGGAACCAUACAAGGGUACAUCCUACAGACCACCGCAAAGUGCGGUCUACAAGUCCGAAGGAAAACCAAGGACCAACUAUGACGAGUCAUUCCGGGCACACAGCAUGGAUGGAAGACAGACCAAAUUCGACUACGUCUGACACAACACUGGGAAGAAUUUGUGCUUUACUGCAAGAUGCAAAUGCUGACACCUGUGCAUGUGCAUACAUCAAUCCACAUAUCAAUCAUCAUAGAGGUGACAGUCAAUUGCAUUCUGUUGAUAGUAUAAAUAGAGAAAAAGUUAGAUUAGUUACUCUGUUACUGUCUUUUUUGUGUAGUCUUGUUUAUUUGUUUACCUUUUUAUAUUUGUUGUGUAAGAAUAUUUUGUAUCAAUAUAAAUGACUUAACAAUCUAGUAGUUAGAGUUGCACCAAUACUAUUUUCUUUCUGGUUUCUUUCUUCUUGUUUUUUAAGUACUAUUCAGGGUUGCAGUAGAAUGAAAAGCUGUAAAAUGUUCAUUACUGUAUAUUUGUUUUUCCUCCUUGAAGCACUCAGUCUAGGAAACUAGCAACUGAAUAGGCAUGCAAAAAGUAAACAAGAACAACAGAACAGCUUGUAAUGAUAAAAGGCUUCUUAGCUUAUGAACUCAUGUCUUUUAAGCAAUUUACUUGGAGAUGUCGUGCUUUGAAAGCUUUCUUUUCACGUUUUUGUGGGGUGGUUCAACUGGACCACGAAAAAGCGUGGUACACAGCCUAGGACACAAGUUGGAAUGACCAUACACCAUGAAAAUUAAAGUGCUAGUUGCUUGUAAAAACAUGCUUUAGAAGUGGCACAUGUAGUAUCAUUUGUAGUUUGAAGUAGUCUGCAAUAUAAUGUACUUGGUAAAAUUGAAUGGGGAUGUGAUAAACAAAACAAUUAAAAGGAUAAAAAAUGUCUUUGUUCUGGUCUGUGCUAACCAUUUUGAUGUAU